CCCCUUCCUCCUGCCCUCGCCCGCUCCAGGCGACCCGCUGAGACAUGGACUUGGCAGGCGUGCUGCUGGCGCUGCUCCUCGUGCUGGUGCUGGUCGUCUCUCUGCUCUCCAACCUCCUGGUGCUGCUAUGCUUCGUCUACAGUACGGAGAUCCGCAAGCAGGUCGCCGGGGUUUUCCUGGUGAACUUAUCCUUCUGCAACCUGCUUCUCACCGUUCUGAACAUGCCUUUUACCCUGCUGGGCAUCCUGAGGAACCAGCAACCCCUCGGGGGCUGCGUCUGCAAGGCGGUGGGUUUCCUGGAAACUUUCCUGACUUCCAACACAAUGCUGAGCAUGGCAGCGCUCAGCAUCGACAAAUGGAUUGCCGUGGUGUUCCCCCUGAGCUACACCAGCAAGAUGCGGUAUAAGGACGCUGUGAUACUGAUGGGCUACUCCUGGCUCCACUCCCUCACGUUUCCCUUGGUAUCCUUGUUUUACUCGUGGGUAGAUUACAACAGCGUUUACGCCUCUUGCACCUUACACCUGAAGGAAGAGACGGAGAGGAGAAGGUUUACGGUGUUCACCAUUGUCUUUCACUCCACCAGUUUCAUGCUGUCUCUGGUGAUCUUGUGUUUCACCUACUUAAAGGUGUUGAAAGUUGCCCGGUUCCACUGCAAGCGGAUAGACAUUAUUACCAUGCAGACUCUGGUUUUGCUGGUGGAUAUCCACCCCAGUGUGAAGCAGCGCUGUCUGAACGAGCAGAAAAGGAGGAGACAGCGGGCUACUAAGAAAAUCAGUAUUUUUAUAGGGUCGUUCGUGAUCUGUUUUGGUCCUUACAUUAUCACCAGGUUGAUAGAGCUCAUUCCUUUUGUUACCAUAAAUUACUACUGGGGAAUUAUAAGCAAGUGCCUCACCUACAGUAAGGCUGCAUCAGACCCGUUUGUUUACUCACUUCUACGUCAACAGUACAAAAAAGUUCUGAUCAACAUUGUCAACAGGAUACUUAAGAGGGACCUGUACCCAUCCUCGGGGUACAACAGCUCUCUCGACACCGAAAACGACUACUGCCUGCACAGAACAAACUGACAGCAGGAAAGCAUUCCCAGCCCAGGGAGACAGCUGGCUGCUGCUGCUGGAAAACUGCCUUCCUCCUCUCGUGCUGACAGUGCUCACAGCGUCUCCAGGGUGUGGAGGCUGCGCUGAUGUGACACAUUUCACCGUGGACUCUCACAAAAAGGCUCUUCCCUGGUCUGCAGCCAAGCACCCUUCAUGGCAAAACCUUGUCUCCGAGUGAACAGAGCUGGCUUGAGGGGUUUCAAUAGAGCCUUUUGAGGAUUUAGAGGAGCUUAGACAGCUCUCAGUGUUCCAUGUGUGAACACUUGGUAUGUCUCAGAGCGUCCCAUAUCAGACAUGAUACUCCAGUGUCUUCUGGGAGCACAGGAAUCCCCAGGGGAAGGACAGGUUCAGAGUGCUCCCUGCUGCACAUGUACCUUGGCAGCCCAGGAUCUGCUGUUAGUUUUGAACAUUAAAAACAGAUAUUUUAAUUGAUUGAUUUAUUGUA